AUGUUCGCACUUAACAUUCUCUCACUAACCAUUCCUAUUCUUCUAGCCGUAGCUUUCCUAACUCUAGUAGAGCGCAAAGUACUAGGCUAUAUACAACUGCGCAAAGGGCCCAACAUCGUAGGACCAUUUGGACUGCUACAACCUAUCGCAGACGCCCUAAAACUAUUUACCAAAGAACCCCUACGACCCCUCACAUCAUCCAUCUCCAUAUUCAUCAUAGCCCCCAUCCUAGCACUUUCACUUGCAUUAAUCAUAUGAGUACCACUACCCAUACCGUACCCACUCAUCAAUAUAAACCUAGGUGUCUUAUUCAUACUAGCCAUAUCCAGUCUCGCCGUCUACUCAAUCCUAUGGUCGGGAUGAGCCUCAAACUCAAAAUACGCCCUAAUUGGAGCCCUACGGGCCGUAGCUCAAACAAUCUCAUAUGAAGUAACACUAGCCAUCAUUCUGCUAUCAGUACUGCUAAUGAACGGCUCAUACACGCUAGCCGCACUAAUCACCACACAAGAACAUAUCUGAUUAGUCCUUCCCGCAUGACCAUUAGCCAUAAUAUGAUUCAUCUCAACACUAGCAGAAACCAACCGAGCCCCCUUCGACCUAACAGAAGGAGAAUCAGAGCUGGUUUCCGGCUUCAACGUAGAAUACGCAGCAGGUCCUUUCGCCUUGUUCUUCAUAGCAGAGUAUGCCAACAUCAUUAUAAUAAACAGCCUAACAACAAUCCUAUUCUUCGGCGCAUUCCACAACCCAUACAUGCCAGAACUAUACACUAUUAACUUCACCACCAAAACACUACUCCUCACAACCACCUUCCUAUGGAUCCGAGCAUCCUACCCACGCUUCCGAUACGACCAACUAAUACACCUACUAUGAAAAAAUUUCCUGCCCCUUACACUCGCCCUGUGUAUAUGACAUGUAUCACUACCCAUUAUCACAGCCAGCAUCCCACCCCAAAUAUA